AUGGCUGAAUGGUGCGCUGAUAAUUUACGGAACAUUGAGGCUUGGAAAGCAGAAGGCUACCAUUUCUCAACACCUUCUGAUGAGAGUUGUCGUUUGUACGAUGGUUUACUUCGACAGGUAAUUUCUUGGACUGAUUGUGAUAAACUCGGAGGUUUGAUUCAAACACUUCACAAUAUGAUGGAAGCUGAUCCCAAAUCCAUUAUGGCGAGAAUUUUCAAAUAUGGAUUGGAAACGAUGGGCACCGGAACUUCAGCACGUGUCAAUCCCAUUCUUCAACAGAACAUGCUGGAAUUAGAAGCUGAUUGUAAAAAGAUGGGAACAGACUGGGAGAAACAUCAUUUUCGAGGAUUGAGACAAUGGGUAGACGGCAAUUUUGCUGCCGCAGCUCAAAUCUGGGAAGAAAUCCUGUUAGAAUAUCCUACAGAUUAUUUAGCUUUGAAGUUUGUACAUGAAGCUUAUUUCUUUAUGGGUGAUGCGAAAAACAUUCGAGAUUCGAUGAAGAAUGUUAUACCAAAGUGGAAGAAAACAGAACCCUGCUACAGUUAUUUGCAUGGAAUGCUUGCAUUUGGUUAUGAAGAAUGCGGAAAUUACAAAGAAGCUGAGUUGGAAGCUGAUUUGGCUUUAAGUUUGAAUAAAUAUGAUUGUUGGGCUACUCAUGCGAAAUCUCAUGUAAUGGAGAUGAAUGGAAGGUACGAAGAAGGCUUAGAAUUCAUGGAAAAUACAUCGGAUGAAUGGGUUAAAGGAUGGUUGAUUGCUACCCAUAACUACUGGCAUAAAGCUCUCUUCAGUAUCGAAUGUGAAAACACUGAUGCUGCUCUGAAAAUCUUUGAUUUAGAAGUUUCACGACGAGCAUCAGCUCGAUGUUCCGUUUUGGAUGUAGAUGAUGCUGUUUCACUUCUUCUCCGCUUAGAAGUGUUAGGGACAGAUGUUGAAGACAGAUGGUCCAAAAUCCCCAUUAUGGCAUCUCAUACGAAUGAUCACAUAACACCUUUUAACGAUGCUCAUCUGGGAGCUCUAUUUGUACGUCAAGACGACUUCGACACAGAGCACAAGAUGCGACAAUCAAUGAUAUCCUUCACCAAAAGUAAUUGUAAUACAACGACGGAUGUUUAUAAGAAAGUCGGUUUAUCCCUCUAUGAGGGUGUUGUUGAUUUUUGUAUGGAAAAUUAUGAUGAUGCUGUUGAAAAGAUGUACCCUGUUAGAGAACAUGUUUAUACUGUUGGAGGAAGUCAUGCCCAAAGAGAUUUGUUUAAUCAGCUAUUAAUUGAAUCAUGUAUUCAGUCUAAUGAGGAAAAGAUUUGGAAAUUAACCCCAAGCUUGUUGGAAGAGCGAAAAAAGCUUCGAAGUGGUCGAUGUGUUAUCGGUGAGCAGUUGGAAAGGCAGUUUCAUCAAAAACAUUCACUUUGA